AGUGCGCGACUAAAAAGAGACCCCGCGCGUCUCCGUCUUUUUUUUCGACGAACAAAACUAGCGGCCCCCGGCUGCGGAGGAAGCCAUGGAUUCCUUUCGACAGAAACUCUUUGUUCUGUUGCUUUCGUAGCACAGCUUAACGUGCCACUAGUCCUACCUUUCUCGUUUUGAGAAUAUUGUUAUGAUGUAACGAGGAGAACCCCAUGUUGCUUUAGUGUGAAGGGAUCAAAGAAAAAGGUGCCUGAGUUGAUUCCUGGGGCCGAAAAUAAACAAAAGAUAAAGAUGUGGCAGCAACUACUCAGAAGUGUGUUUCUCUUGGCCAUUGUGGUAGUGGCGCAGGAGGCAACCAGCAUCCAGGAUUCGGUAUAAAGCAGGCCUGCUCCAUCUUUUUUCAAUUAAGUAGAUAUGUUAUGCAUGAGACAGGGAAAUAAGCAUAAGUGUGGAUUCCGAUGAUAGUUUCGCAUCACAAAGACCAAAACACAACGUCAAAUUAUACCAGGCCGCACCAGCACUCGAUGUGAGCAAGGGGGUACCGGCGGCCGAAAUGCUGGUUAGCGCACCCUCAGCAGCUGGAACAGCAGCGAAAGUUGCGGUCGUUGGGGUAGAAGCGUUUCCGUUCGUGUUGCAGCCUCCAAAUGGAUGCAGAUUAUCAUGCUAAAACCAUUUUUUUUUGCCUCCUCGUCCUCCCUGCGCAUGAGAAACAAACUAAAGCAGUGCAUUGAUUCAUUCAAGAAACACUGAAACAAAAUAAAUCCUUAGUUGACUGGCUACACCUUCUUUCCGACGCCAUCACCAAAUGUGCUCGCCGCCUUCUUCGCCUUGCUGCUGUGGAUCAUGAUUUUUUUGACCGGGUUCUGCGCGCUGUUCAGCGUCGAGGUAACUACUUGCUACACUUGCCUGUGUCCACCUCAUGCCAAAGAUGAUAUAUGAACGAAUUCUAUUUUGAGUAGCCGUACCUCUACUAUAUCGUCUGGUGAUGUUGCGCAUCUGUAGUCACUUCUUUCUCAUGCAAAAUAAAAACCCAAAACAGACCCCAAGCAAGUUUGUGGAGAAGGGGCUGAUGAUGAGCAAGGAGUACUAAGCAGGAGAAGAAGUACAGCAGUACGAGUACACCUUCUGCAAACCACAUGAUCAUACCGAUGAAACACAACUACAAUUUUUAACAACUACAACAUCAAGCCCAGUGUAGCAAUGAAACAUCGACCAGGACGAGCGACGAGGUACUUAGUGCGACAAAAUACAUAGAAGGAAGAUACACCUGGGCUAAAACCUAGCGACUCCGUCGAUGUUUCUUGCUACCUCCAAACAAGCAGAGUUCUUUGAGCAACAAACAUGUCAUUGUCAACUACAUGGUGACGCUACUAGUAGAGCAUCCAGCGAUGUGCUUCUGGAAGUAGAAGCAAGUUGUAGGUACGAAGAGGCAUCUACUUCGCAUAAAACGAGAAAGCGCAGGAAUAGGAGACUCAAGACGAAAACAACACAAGGAAAAGACUACAACGACAAUGUUAAUGUCUCCGCGCGGUGUGUAGUAAAACUAAAAGUUCCUGCAGCUCGGGGGGGUUCAAGAUAAAAUUUUUGACCAGGAAGGCCAAGAUGUUGUAGAAGAAAGAUGUCCUCGACGUGCUACUUACGAUCAUCGUGCUUGCUGAGAGUGACUACAGCAGUUACCAAUUGACGUGACCGCGACAGCAGCCUAUUGAAGCUGCUACGCAUGCUGGGA